CAAAUCAAAUGGAUCGCCUCCACGUCUCCUCUCUUACUAAUAAACUCUUUCCAUUUCCAAUCUUCCUCUCCAUUCUCCCUUCCUCAUUUAGCUUUCUCUUAUUAUCUUCACUCCUUUUAUCUUCUUCUUUUGUCUUUGCCACUGUCAAUAACAGUAAGGCCUUGUCAAUUCAACACCAAUGCAUUGAAGAUCACUUCUCUACUUUGCUCCAAUUGAAACAGGGCUUUUACUUCUACAACACCACUACACUCUCCUCUUGGAAUCCUGAUAACAGGGAUGGCUGUUCUUGGGAAGGCAUCACGUGCGAUGGUGCCACUGGUCACGUGACCAGUCUCGACCUCAGCGAGCUCAGCAUUUCCGGUCGGAUUGAUUUUGUAAGCCUCUUUCGUCUUCAGAGCCUGCAGAGGCUCAACCUCGCUUACAAUUACUUCCAUCACUCUCCAAUUCCUACCGGGUUUGAAUAUCUCACCAGUUUGACCCAUCUCAACCUCUCUUCUUUGCAUUUUUAUGGCCAAAUCCCGCUGGAAAUCUCCCGCUUGACCACUUUGGUGUCCCUCGAUCUAUCUUUCAAUCGUAAUUUUGUCAAUCGUUCCUACUCUGAAUACCUGAAACUCGAAAACCCAAGCAUUGGAGCAUUCGUCCAAAAUCUGUCCAGUCUGAGAGAACUCCAUCUCGAUUUGGUAAGCAUUUCAGCGCAGGGUAGUGAGUGGGGCCUGGCGUUAUCCUCGGCACUCCCUCUUCUCCGCAAGUUGAGCUUGAGCUAUUGUGGUCUAUCAGGCCCCAUCAAUCCUUCCCUUUCCAAGCUCCAUUUCCUAUCUGAACUCCACCUCAGUGGAAACAAUCUCUCUUCAGCCAUACCUAAGAGUAUUUUCAGGCUGCCAAACCUACAAACCCUGAAUGUAGGAUACAAUCCACUUCUGACGGGUGAAAUCCCUCCAAACAAUUCUCUCCUGGAGUUGUCCCUAUCCGACACUGGAUUUUGUAGCAACCUAAGGGAUUCAUUCAGUAAUUCCAAACUGCUGACAGUGAUCCGGCUUAGAGAUUGCAAACUAGCCGGCCAAUUGCCAGCAUGGCUUGUAAAGCUCCAGAAACUCAUGUAUUUGGAUCUUUCAAACAAUGGUUUCAGCGGACCAUUGCCAUCAUGGCUUGUGAAUCUGGACAAACUCGUGGGUUUGGAUCUUUCAUCCAAUAAUCUCAGCGGUCCAAUCCCCUCUUCCUAUGGCAACAAGUUUCAAAAUCUUCAAUGGUUCGUCGUUUCCGACAAUUCGCUUAGUGGGACCAUCCCAUCAUCAUUGUUUUCACUCCCAUCAUUACGAGGGCUGUAUCUUGGAGAGAACCAAUUUAGUGGUCAACUUGGUGAGUUCCACAACCCAUCCUCUUCUCUGCUAGAGACAAUCGUAUUGUAUAACAACAAGGUGGAGGGGCCUAUUCCGAUGUCCAUCUUUGAACUCACAAAGCUUCAAUACCUCUCUCUUUCAUCAAACAAUUUCAGUGGGACCAUUCCAUCAUCAUUGUUUUCACUUCCAUCAUUACAAUUCUUGGAUUUCUCAAAAAACCAAUUGAGUGGUCAACUUAGCGAGUUCCACAACCCAUCCUCUUCUCUGCUAGAGACAAUCUACUUGAAUAACAACAAGUUGGAGGGGCCUAUUCCAAUGUCCAUCUUUGAACUCACAAAGCUUCAAUACCUCUCUCUUUCAUCAAACAAUUUCAGUGGUGACGUGGACCUUGGCUUAUUCCAAAACCUUAAGAACCUUUGGGACCUGAAUCUAUCAGAUAACAACUUCUCAGUCCAUGAUGGCAGAAGCAAUUCAACCUCCAUGUCCUUUCCUCAAAUUCAAUAUUUGCACUUAGGAUCUUGUAACAUUACUAAAUUUCCAAACAUCCUGAGAAACCAAGAGAGGAUUUACUCUUUGGAUCUUUCCAACAACAGAAUUAAUAGUGAAAUACCAAAGUGGAUAUGGAAAGUUGGAAAUGGGAGUUUGUAUUUUUUGAAUCUUUCUCAUAAUGCUUUGGAGGGUUUAGAGUUACCUUUUCCUCAUCUUUCCUUAAGUUCAUUGAAAUAUCUUGACUUGAGCUUUAACAAGCUAGAAGGCUCAAUCCCGAUCCCACCACCAUCCACCAUUAUCUAUUCACUUGCAACCAAUCAUUUUAGUGGAGAAGUUCCCUCGCAUAUUUGCAAUUGUACUUCCUUACAAUUUCUCGAUCUGUCUGACAACCGCUUCAAUGGUUUGAUUCCACUUUGCUUGGGUGAAAUCAAUGAUGUCCUCACUGUUUUAAAUCUCGGAGGAAAUGCAUUUCGUGGAACCUUGAUUCAAACAUUUAAAGAGGGUUGCAAUCUAAAAACACUUGAUCUGAAUGGAAAUCAAUUGGAAGGGCAAGUGUCAAAGUCUUUGGCCAAGUGCAAGAUGUUGGAGGUGUUAAACCUUGGAAACAAUCAAAUACAUGACACAUUCCCUUUUUGGUUGGAAAAUUUGUCUCAGUUGCGUGUUCUCAGCCUGAGAUCCAACAAAUUUCAUGGCAAUGUUGGACACCCACUGACAAAUCUUACUUUUCCAACAUUACAAAUCUUCGACAUAUCUUCCAAUAGCUUCACAGGAAGCUUGCCAUCAAAUAUGUUCAAGAGUUGGAAGGUAAUGAAGGAGGACAUAUCCCAACCUAUGGUCCUUGGAAAAAAGUUAAGAAAUGGGAUGUACUAUCAAGACAAAGUGACUCUGGUAUGGAAAGGGCUACAAAUGGAAGUGGUAAAGAUCCUUAUUGCCUUCACCUCAAUAGAUCUUUCAAAUAACGAAUUUCACAGAGGAAUUCCAGAAUCAAUUGGGGAUCUAAAGUCAUUGGUUGAGCUCAAUAUGUCCCACAACCAUUUCACAGGCCGAAUUCCAACAUCAUUUGGGAACAUGAAGGCUCUUGAGUCAUUAGAUAUGUCACAGAAUAAUUUGUCAGGUGAGAUCCCAUUGCAGCUAAACAAGUUAACGUUCCUUGCAGUGUUGAACCUUUCACACAACCUCCUUGUAGGAAGCAUACCUAAAGGUCAACAAUUCGAUACGUUCACAAAUGAAUCUUUUCUAGGAAACUUGGAAUUAUGUGGCCCUCCACUAUCGAAGAAAUGCAAAGACAUUGAGGCUUUACUACCACCGGCACAAUCAGAAAGCAAAUAUGAUUGGAAACUCAUGGCAAUUGGGUUUGGAGUUGGAUAUGGAGUAGGAAUGGGUGUUCUCUUUUGGACUCUAACACUUUGGACAAAGGGACAUAGAGAAUACAAUAAAUUUAUUGAUAAGAUGCUUUUGUCGAUUUUUUCUUCUGCUUGCAUUUGAUGUAAUUCAGCCAUGAUAAGAGAAUUGGAGCCAAGCUUGCUCCCCCAUCAAGUGGAGGAGUAGGGGCUGUGGACUUUGUUGGUAGGAGAGGCCGGUUGAAGCUCUUCAGGGUGGGGUAGGCUUUUUCUUUUCUCGUCUUGUGUUUGCUUACACUGAUAUUUGAUAGGUGAGGCCCGUUUUCCUUUUGUGGAGCCCACCUGUUAUCUAUGGAUUGUACACCCUAUGUUCAUAUAUACAAAAAUAGAGUGUUUAAAAAA